AUGCUACAAACAAACAUUUCUUGUUUCCAUGAUGAUGGGCUUGCUUUACCGAAUGGUGUUACGGAGGAUCAUGUCAUUAGAUUUCCAUGGGUUUUCCAUGUUGGCAUAUCGUUGUUGUUCCAGUGGGAUCAAACUCCUGGUAACAAGUUUUCGUGCAUGAAUGCCUUCCUAGGACUCGGCAGUGCCGAGCCUGCAAGAAUGCAUCGUGCUGAUAACUUCUUCCAGGAGCCUGUCUCAAGCCAAGCAGAUCCACAGUCGGGUUUCUUCCAGCAGCCACCGAGGGACUUAUCUUUCAAAUCUUCUCAUUCAAAUGUAUGGGAGAUGAACGGGAAUUUGCGAGAAGCGUUGUCAUUGUUAGAAAGGAUGCCAAGAAAAAAUUUGGUGCCAUACAACUUAAUUCUAAGCGCUUUAGCCGCUCAAGUGGGAGCCAAGGAGAUGCUCAGUUGGAUGUGUGCUCGGAAUCUUAGCUCUUGGAACUGCGUUCUCCGAUCAUUUGCUCUUGAUGGGAAUCUUGACGAGACAAAGAGAUUAUUUGACAAAAUGCCCGAGUGGGACCAAAUGUCUUUCAAUUUCAUGUUUGCGGCAUAUGUCUCAGGCGGGCAUCAUGGUCUUGCUAAAGUAAUGUACGAAACACUACUUCCUGAGAAAGAUUCCUUUUCACACGUAGCCAUGCUAAGUGCCUACACUGUACAGGGCAAGGUUGACGAUGCAAAGCUUUUGUUUGAUAGCAUGCCAUACAGGUCUCUUUUUAUUUGGAACUCUAUGCUUUCGGCAUAUGCCCAAAACGGUCAUCCGGACAAUGCAAAACAUCAUUUUGAUGCCAUGCCCGAGUGGGACAUUGUCGCUUGGACCUCUUUAUUAUAUUCCAGAAAUUAUCAAGGAAAUGUGGAGGAAGCGAAGGAGUUGUUUGAGAGGAUGCCUGAGCGAGAUCUGAUCGCAUGGAAUGCUAUGUUGUCAGGACAUUCCCAACACAGGCAUUUAGAAGACUCAAAGUGCCUGUUUGAUUUGAUGCCUUCCCACAAUAUUGUCUCUUACAACACUCUGAUGGCAGCUUACUCUCAGCAUGGAUACAUCGAGGAUGCCCUCUUGGUCUUCCAGAAAAUGAGACAGAGGAACUCUAUUUCAUGGAACACUCUACUUGUGUCAUAUGCUCAAAAUGGGCAUACGAAUACUGCAAAGGCGUUUUUCUCAACCUUGCCCGAGCAAAAUCUGGUUUCUUGGAAUGUAGUAAUUGGAAUGUAUGCUUUAAAUGGGCAAACUGCACAAUCCUUGGAGCUCUUUAGAAACUGUGUUGCUAAUGGUGUCAAGCUGGAUGAUGUAUCUUUUACCUCUGCAUUGAUUGCUUUGAGCCAUAGCGGUGAGGUUGACGAUUCACUUUUUCUGUUUAAAUCAAUAAUAACAGACUACUUAGUAACGCCUGGCAAGCAACAAUAUGGUUGUAUCAUCUCCUUGUUUGCUCGUGGAGGAUAUGAUAGAUCCUGUAAAGAACUCAUUGAUACAAUGCCUUUCUUUCCUGAUAGUCACGACUGGACGUGCCUGGCUGGAGCUUGUGUCACUGAGCCUUCUCUCACACUCGAGCCACCUCUUCAUGCCGCGAAAAAUUCCUCACGACUUUGUUCUUCGCACGAUCAUCGACUGCUCCUACUCUCUCACAUGCUUCUCCGGUUCCAGACGGCAUUCAUUACGAGCAUAGCAAUGUGGUCUUGGUUUACAAUUUUGCAGCAAUCUCGCGAGCGCAUGACGAAGUAG